AUGGCUGAGAUCCGCCGCAAGCUUGUCAUCGUUGGUGAUGGUGCCUGUGGUAAGACUUGUCUGUUGAUUGUCUUCUCCAAGGGCACUUUCCCCGAGGUCUAUGUCCCCACUGUCUUCGAGAACUAUGUUGCCGAUGUUGAGGUCGAUGGCAAGCACGUUGAGCUCGCUCUUUGGGAUACUGCUGGUCAGGAAGAUUACGAUCGCCUUCGCCCUCUCUCAUACCCCGACUCUCACGUUAUCCUGAUUUGCUUUGCUGUCGAUUCCCCUGACUCGUUGGACAACGUUCAGGAGAAGUGGAUCUCCGAGGUUCUGCACUUCUGCCAGGGUCUCCCUAUCAUCCUCGUCGGCUGUAAGAUGGAUCUCCGUCACGACCCCAAGACCAUUGAAGAACUCCACAAGACCUCUCAGAAGCCGGUUACCCCUGAGCAGGGUGAGGAGGUUCGCAAGAAGAUCGGUGCCUACAAGUACCUCGAGUGCUCUGCCCGUACUAACGAGGGCGUUCGCGAGGUCUUUGAGGCGGCUACCCGGGCUGCGCUCUUGACCAAGGCCCACAAGAGCAAGAAGAAGUGCACCAUCUUGUAA